CAAAUGUUGCCGGAAAAAUAAGUCCAUACAGGCAAAAACAUUAAACUUCUUAUCGGAUUUUAACUUAAACUGCUGUUAUUCUUCAGUGGUAAAUAAAUAUACACCUCUAACAUCAAUGUUGCUACGAAACGUAUUGAAAUGUGGGGUUAAGAGGAAAGUGUGUAACCCGGCUACGAUUAUUGAUCAAACGGAACAAUAUCCUUGUUACACCACAGGAGAGAUUUGUGUGCACUUCAUUGCUAAUGUUGUUUCUAUUUAAAAACUGUUUGAUUUACAAUUAAUUCUAGUAUUUGGAAUUCGUUUACAUAAUUUUAAAUAACUCUACGUGGCUUUUUGACAACUGUCUUAUAAUAUGGAUGACGAUGUCUCUCAGUUAAAUACAAACUUUAAAAAACCUAGGAAAAUUAUUAAAGUUAAACCUUCAAAAUACGAGUUUGUAGAAGCACUUCACAGAAAUAAAAUUUAUUGGAACAGUGUGUUUCGUGAAAUAGAUUCGUCCCAUAAAAUGGCAUUAGAUGAAAGCGUGCAAUUAGCGAAUAUACUGCCGACAGAUAUUUAUAGAAAAGUAUGCGAAACUUUAGAUAUACCGAUUGCGAGUUCGUGCCAUGAAGCUGAUGAAAGUAUUAAAGUGCCUCUAACGCGCCGUAUGACUAAAGAACCGAUGCUCUCUUAUCGGAAGUGUAUAUUAAUAGAUAGAGACAUGGAUUCCGAUACGGAUGUUGAAAUAUGUUCAAGUGACGAAGAAGGCGUCAAAUUGAAUAUUCAUCAAGAAUUGCUGAGCAAACCAGAACGGGAACAAAUAACUUGGGCCACACACUAUCUACAGCCUGAAAGAGAAGAUGAGAAAACGCUUGUUAAAAAGGCUGAUGAUUUGACAGAUCGAAUUGCAAAAGACUUUUGUGAUUACAUGAAGGAGUUGGGAGGAGACCAGCAAUCACAAUUAUUUACACCAGAAGCCAUAAAGGAAUUAUUUCGGAUUGAAUUUGAUAAUCACGCCGCUCGUGGCCUUCGAGUAAUAUCCAAAGAAUUGCCUUCGAUUCAAGAAAAAGUAGCAAUCAACACAGGAAAUCCAGAGAAAUCAUGCUACAGAGCACUGGAGCGCGAAAUAUCGAAAGACAUCAAGGCGGAACACCUCCCAAAACGCACUACAGCGUUUGGCCAAAGUCUCUUACUGAGGGAACAAUUUUACCCACCGCGAAACAACACGAAAAAUAUGUGGAGAUCGGCUCGCCACGUGCCCAAAGAACUAGUCACACUCAAAACCGUGUGGGAAGGCAUUACCAACUUAAGGAUAUAA